AUGUUUCUCGUGCCCAUGUUGCUGCUCUUCUUCCGUGGCUUUGCCAGUCCCGAUAUGGGAUUUACCUAUGCUCAGAACGAUCUCAUAGUCCUUACAUUAAUUUACCCUGCACUCCUGGUCCUAGUAUGGUGGUGUACUUACUCCUACAUCUCCUUGCGCCAUGUGAAGCUCCACCGCUUUAUGCUCGCUGCAACUCUCACAUACUUCAUUUCCGGCACGAUCUGUGAGGUCGCUGGUAUCCCAGCCGGAGGGGCCCGUCUCAUUGUCUGGGCACACCUUAUGCGUCAGCUCAUCAAGAAGGCAUCAAUUCCUUUGAUAACUGCUACCCAUGCGAAGAGUUCAAGGACCUUUCUACGUGAGACUCAUGGCAUGGAACGGUCUUGGUGCGCGCUUGUUAUGCGUGUGUGGCUGAGGAUAGUCUUCCUCUUCCUGGGAGUACGAUUGGUCUUUGGCGUGUUGGCCUCUAUACAAGAGAAUCAAAGGCUCUACCCACAGGUGCCGUUCAUCAAGAUGGAGAAAGCCUUGAAUUCGACUAUUACGGUUGACCACGCGAUCAUGAGCUCAAGUUUUGCUAGAGAUGACUCGCUAGGACAUGGGCCUGUUGAUAUUGCAAGAUACGCUGUCUGUGACCAGGAGUUUUGGGGACUGCAUGUCACUGAUUAUGGCAUGAUGAGUUUGGCCGCAUACUUCACCACAGUAGAAGAUCAGCAAGCUGUUGUUGAUACCUUCUUUCCUGGUCAAGGAAUGAAGGUCGUUCCUGCAAUGGAGGGCGAUGACCCGUUUUGGGUAGAGAUACAAGUUGACGACAAUCUUACCGUUAUAGCCGUCAAAGGGACUGAUUUUUGGCGUGCUAGUGACUAUAAUGAGGAUAUACGCAUGUGGACAGAGCCAGUGGUGACGUCUCUGCUCAGCACUGUUUUCCCGACAGUCAAAAUCUGGUCACCCGGUACCACUGCUAUGGUAUUAGAUGCAGAGCAAGAGAUCCUCUCGGCCAUGGGUAUACCUCGAGCGGAUUAUAAGCUUACUAGAGUUAUCGAUUACGUGAAAUCAUCUGCAGAGCGGCUAUCAUCUAGAGACGUCGUGUUCACUGGCCAUUCUCUUGGGGGUGGUAUCGCCCUGGCCGCCGCGGCCUUGGAAUGUAUCAAUCCAUCAGCAAACACCUAUAUCGGUAUGCGCCCGAUAGGAGACAAGCCUUUCAGGUAG